AUGUCAUCAGAGGCCGAGCUACAGCCGGGUGUGAAAACCAGCCAGCGCAAGGAUUCCCGCAGGAUCAAGGGUCAAGACCGGACAGAGGCGGGGCUAAUAAAGCGUUUCCGUGGAGAUGGUGUGCGCUACAAGGCCAAACUGAUUGGGAUUGAUGAUGUGACGGCGGCGCGGGGAGACAAGCUGUGCCAGGACUCCAUGAUGAAGCUCAAGGGAAUGGCAUCGUCGGCACGUUCCAAAGGGGAGCACAAGCAGAGAGUCUUCUUGACGAUCUCUUUUGGGGGAAUCAAGAUGUACUGUGAACGAUCUGGGAUUCUCCUGCAUCACCACUCUGUCCACGAGAUCAGCUACAUUGCCAAGGACACAAGGGACCAUCGUGCCUUUGGUUAUGUGUGUGGGAAGGAGGGCCACCAUCGCUUUGUGGCCGUCAAAACUGCACAGUCUGCUGAACCCCUUAUCAUCGACCUGCGCGACCUUUUUACACUGAUCUAUGACAUCAAACAGCGAGAGGACCUGGAGAAGAAAGUACAGAAGGACAAGCACUGUGAGCAGGCAGUGUAUCAGACCAUUCUGGAGGAUGAAGUGGACGACCCAGUUUACCAGUACAUAGUGUUUGAGGCUGGACAUGAGCCGCUGCGAGUCCCUCAGUCAGAGGAGAGCGUUUAUCAGGUCCCAACCAGUCAGCAGAAGGAAGGGAUCUAUGAUGUCCCAAAACGCCAUUUCUUCACUAAUAUCAACCACUUUGAUUUAUUCGGAGACAUGUCCACUCCUCCUUCAAUGCCGCCGUCUCCUGCCAACACUCUGGACCCGAGCCGCAGCAGUCGCCAUCAGCAACAUGCUGCUGCUGCAGAGCUGUACGCACCGUUCAGCCCCACGUCUGUGCCAUCAGGAUACAUGACUAUGGGGCCAGUGCAGGCGGCGCAGUGGGCACAGCAGGGCUUUGCUGGACAAGCCCAGACUCUUGCCUUUCCUGUUCAAGGGCCUCUCCAGGUGGCACAGGUCCUGCCCAGCGGCCAACCACUCAUCUGGAGCCAGGCCAACAUAUUCCCUGCCACACAGCAACAGUGGGCGGCUAUGGCGGCCUACAUGCCAGCUCAGACUGUGGGAGUAGGAGGCCACGCCAUCCCCACUGCCAUGUUGCAGGGGCUGGUGCCCGUGGCCGUGUGUCCUCAGGCCUGUGAGCUGUCCGCACCCUCUUCUGCCAUCACCAGUCCUCAGCACAGCGCAGACCCCACACUUCUACAACGCCAAAUGAGUCUCCGAGACGACAUCGAUGCCGGAGAGGGGCCCUCGUCCUUAGUGCUGAUGAGUGUGGGUCUUGCCUCAGCCACAGUCAGCAGGUGUGGGACCCCGGGCCCCAUGAGUGGCCCUGACACUCUUGUGUGCAGUCAGCUCCCAGCGUCCUCUGCACAGGAGGAGGACGGCUGCUGCAGUGACCUUGACCUGUCCCGUAUGACCUUGAGUCCAGGGACAUCAACGUCUCCAUCGAGCGAAUCACCCUCGACUCCAGCCCCUCACCAGAGCUCUACCCAGGCCAGUGAUCCCCUCCUGGAGCCCCCUAUGGACACAGUGAGCACCAAGGAGGAGCCCGCGAGCUCGUCUGAUGCGGGGCCAGUGUCUCCUGAACCUUGUGCAGAUCUAGGACACAGUGCACUCAGUUGGAGGGCUCAGAGAAAAGAGGGAAUGAUGCUGAACUGCAUCUGA